GUCGUUCGAAACGGACCGGAUAGGUGGGACCAGAGACCGAGGGAAAGAACGGUACACAAAACACUCCACCGGGACCACCGAGGAACCAGCGGGAACCCGCUUUUAAACGGCAGAACGGUUCUGUUCGUUUACCGGAACAAGAACCAAACCACCAGCAGCGGACGAUGUCUCAUGAAGACUCCUCACCAGGCCGAUGAGGUCACGCUUGCUGCGUGUCCUGUGUGCGCUGCACGCAGCCCUCCCAGAGGAGUCAGUAUUUGGGUGCGGGAGGCCGAAGCAGCACGCUGUCCAGACCUGCGUGUUCUUCCACAGAAAGGUCACGAGCCCAGAGCGAUGACCCGCCCUGUGUGCGCUAGUGUUUCGUCAGGUUCACCGUAGGUGACCCCCAGCCCUCCGCCAAGAUCCGGCUAUUAGAUGUGACCACGAGGUUGAUCAGGAGAAGCCACCAUGUCUUAAGCGCAGAUGGGCCCUCAGGAGGCCGGUCCCCCUCCCCCGGCCCGCCCUCCGCCUCCCCCAGCCACCACCUCGCCUCAUCCCCCGGCCCCGUCCCGCUCCCACGCCUCCCCGCACAUGCCCGGGACCGGCUGCCCGGCUCCCCGCUGGCGCACCCCUCCCCUCCCCCCCCGGAGAUGAGCCUGCAGAAGCACCGGCAGCCGAGCUCCGACCGGGACCUGCAGUCCGCCGCGUCCUCCGUCUCCCUGCCCUCGGUGAAGAAGGCCCCGAUGAAGAGGCGCCUCUCCCUGGCCUCUCUUUUCCGAUGGCGGGGUCGGGAGUCCAAGUCCGCGCGCCAAAGGGCCCGAGAGCUCCAGCACCCGGGGCCCCCGGGGCCCUCGGGGCUCGGAGGGGCGGACGGCAUCGCCAUCAUCGAGAGCAUCCACUCUGAGAUGUGCAACGACAAGAACUCUGCCCUCUUCUCUGCGGCUCUGACCGAAGAUGCCCCCCCCGCCGCCGCCGCCUCCACCUCGUCUGCCUCGGGGCCUUCCACCUCCUCCUCCUCCUCCUCCUCCUCCUCCACGGUGGCGGGUGGGGUGGGGCCAGAGGUGCUGGAGUGCCCGCUGUGCCUUCUGCGCCACUCCAGGGAGAGCUUCCCGGACAUCAUGACCUGCCCCCACCGCUCCUGCAUCGACUGCCUGCGCCAGUACCUGCGCAUCGAGAUCUCGGAGUCGCGCAUCAACAUCAGCUGCCCCGAGUGCUCGGAGCGCUUCAACCCGCACGACAUCCGCAUGAUCCUCGGCGACCACGCGCUCAUGGAGAAAUACGAGGAGUUCAUGCUGAGGCGGUGGCUCGUGGCCGAUCCCGACUGCCGCUGGUGCCCCGCGCCGGACUGCGGGUACGCGGUGAUUGCGUUCGGGUGCGCCAGCUGCCCCAAGCUGACGUGCGGCCGCGACGGCUGCGGCACGGAGUUCUGUUACCACUGCAAGCAGCUGUGGCAUCCCAACCAGACGUGCGACGCGGCGCGGCAGCAGCGAGCGCAGAGCCUCCGCCUGAGGACGGCGCGCUCCUCCUCCCUCAGCUACAGCCAGGAGAGCGGCGGCGCAGCCGACGACAUCAAGCCGUGUCCGCGCUGCGCCGCCUACAUCAUCAAGAUGAACGACGGCAGCUGUAACCACAUGACCUGCGCCGUCUGCGGCUGCGAGUUCUGCUGGCUCUGUAUGAAGGAGAUCUCGGAUCUGCACUACCUGAGUCCGUCCGGCUGUACGUUCUGGGGGAAGAAGCCGUGGAGCAGGAAGAAGAAGAUUCUCUGGCAACUGGGAACUCUGGUGGGCGCCCCCGUCGGCAUCGCACUCAUCGCGGGCAUCGCCGUCCCCGCCAUGAUCAUCGGCAUUCCUGUGUAUGUGGGGAGGAAGAUCCACAACCGCUACGAGGGCAAAGACAUCUCCAACCACAAGAGGAACCUGGUGAUCGCCGGUGGAGUGACCCUCUCCGUCAUCGUGUCCCCGGUGGUGGCCGCGGUCACUGUCGGCAUCGGAGUUCCCAUCAUGCUGGCGUACGUCUACGGCGUGGUGCCCAUCUCGCUGUGUCGCAGCGGCGGCUGCGGCGUCUCAGCCGGGAACGGCAAAGGCGUCCGCAUAGACUUCGACGACGAGAACGACGUGACCGUCGGCGGGGGGGCGGCCGCCACCGACGCUACGUCGGUGGCCGGCGCCAGGAACAACCCCAGCAUCGGCGACGGCAGCGUGGGGGGGCUGACGGGCAGCCUGAGCGCCAGCGGCAGCCACAUGGACCGCCUGGGCGCCGUCGGGGACAACCUGAGCGAGACGGCGUCUACCACGGCGCUCGCCGGGGCCAGCAUCACCGGCAGCCUCUCCGGCAGCGCCGUGGUCAACUACCUGAACAGGCUGGAGGUGCAGGCCGACGUGCUGAAGGAGCGCUGCAGCCUGAGCGGCGAGUCGGGCACCGUCAGCCUCGGCACCAUCAGCGACAACGCGAGCACCAAAGCGAUGGCUGGAUCCAUUCUCAACGCCUACACGCCUCUCGACAGAGACGGGAGCAGCAUGGAGGUCCAGGUCGACAUCGAGUCCAAACCCGGCAAACUGCGGCACCACAGCGGCGGCAGCAGCGUGGACGGCGGCGGCGGCGGCAGAGGGGCGUCGGCCAGGUGGGCCAAGGAGGCGUCCUGCUGCUCCGCCUCCUGCUGCAGCUCCACGGGCAAAAAGAGCAAAGGAAAGCUGCGCAAGAAGGGCGGCGGCGCCAAGAUCAACGAGACGCGCGAGGACACGGACGCCCAGCUGCUGGAGCGGCGCAGCAACAACUCCUCCGAGCUCGACUCGCCGUCGCUGAGCGGCAGCCUGCCCUCCGUGGCCGACUCCGCCUCCAGCCGCUUCUCCGAGUUCAGCUGCUCCGACCCGGAGACGAAGACGUCCUGCAGCCACGGCGACGGCGCCGACUACCACACGCGCUUCGCCACCGUCAGCCCUCUGCCCGAGGUGGAGAACGACCGGCUGGAGACCUGCCCCGGCUCCUCCUCUUCCUCCUCGUCCGUCGCCGCCGCCCCUCCCCCCCACUCCCCCACCUCCUCCCUGGACGUCGGCGCCGGGCUCUCCCCGCUCCGCCCCGCCGAGCCGGACUCUCACGGCGUCGCCAGAGAGCUGCUGAAAGAAAACGACGACAACAACAACGACGACGACAACGACGACCGCCACCCGCCGCCCAAGAACUCGUGCAUCCAGACGGAGAUCUGACGUCUGGACGCCGUCGGCGCCGCACCCAAACGGCGUUUUGUCCCCAUCACAACUUUCAGUCCGACCGGCGUUCUCUUCCUCGUCCCCCGACUGCAGCGCCCAGAGGGCUCAUGGGAAAUAUUAACAGGCGGCUUGUAUGAAGCUUUUAGGUUGUGAACCCCCCCCCCCCCCCCCGCUGGCCGCUUUACUUCAUUAUUCUUUGGCGGUGCGCUCGCCGUCGAUCCGUGUGGCGUCCAAACGAAAAAACCACUGUGUGCCGUUCUUUUCGGGAGCAUUUCAUUUUAUUUGUUUUUGGGGGGGGGGGGGGGGGUCGAUGCAACACCAGGCGGGAAUCUUACAGCAUUCCAGAACUCCAGACAGGGUCCAGGCUUUAUGACUCGCUCCUUCUUCUUUUUCUUCCCAAUAUUCGUACCAGAGAAUCUUUUGUAUUAUUCUCUGAGUCUGAUGAGUCCCCCCCCCCCCCCCCCCCAGUAGGUUGGUUUGAAUUGAACCCUCCCAGGUGUACCCGGGGGCGAUUUAAGAGCGCGGCCUCUGGAAGGGGGCGGGGCAACGAUAAUGCUGAAAGUCAUUAUAUUAAGAGAUUAACCGACGGGUUGGUUCAAUUCUGUGAAAUUGUAUAAAAGAAAAAAAAAAUGUUUUGGUCCUGUUCAAAGGUGAUUUUUAUUCUGGCCGAUGAGGAAGAGGAAGAGGAGGAGAGAGAGGUGAUGUCUUUCUUUAACUCAUUGGUGCCUUCAAGAAGCUGUUUGUGUCUCGCGCUCUCUCUUUCUCUCUCUUUCUCUCCCCCUCUCUCUACCUUCUUCAAGACUCAUAGGUUGCAUCUGCCUCGUCUCUGGAGGAGUGACACACACACACACACACACACACACACACCCUUCAUACUGUGGUAAAUGAAGACUUUUCAAUUGCCUACCAAAGACAGCACUCAGGCUCUUGUUGAAUCUUAUACCCUUUGAAUUGUCUCCGGUCAACACAGUGUAGUGCAGGGGGGGGGGGCGAGGGCGAGCUAGGACCAGGACCAGGACCGGGACUAGGACCGGGACUCUCCAGACCUCCAGCGCUCGACACGCUCCACAGACGCUACGCAAAGAGCCCGAGGCCUCCGAACGGCCACCUGUGUUCCUCCUGACAUCGAUGUUCUGAUAGUUUCAAUUGGGAUCCGUGUGCUGGUUCUACCCCAACACACCCCUCACUCUCUCUCCCCCUCACUCUCUCCCCCUCACUCUUCCCCCCCCCCCCCCAUCCGUGUUGAUUUUGUUUCCCGUUGCCAACCGGAACCGUCAAAAUCUGUGUUCCGACACUAUUUCAGAGUGUGUGUGUGUGUGUGUGUGAAGCCCGUCUUCACUGCUCGGCUCAUGUGUGAAGUUCUGUUGACCCGUGUUCUGGUUCCACCUUUGGUUCCCCCCCCCCCCCCCACAUUAAGACGUCUGCCGGUUGUUCCUCCGGGUCCGGUUCCUCGUCCUCCACCAGAACUCUCCAGCUUCUCGGUUCCUGAUCUGAACUCGUGCCAGAUUUAAUUUAAGGGGCAGAAGGUAUUUGUAUAUUUGUUUGGUAAUUUUGCUUAACGAUAUGCGUGUUAAUGCAUAUCAGGAAAAAUAAAGAAAAUCUAUAUGAAAUGUC